AUGGCCCCUGCCCAGCCUGAGAAAAGGACAUGGAAAACAGGAAAAGGACUGUACAUGCUGGGCAACCCAGGGAGGCAGGAGGGUCCCUUCUGUGUCCUGCUCAAAGUGCUGUCCACUUCUUUUGAUCACAGAGCCCUCAAGGUCGAGGACCGUCGGCGGGCAGCCGGGGGGCUGCGCGCAGCCCCGUGUUUUCGGGGGGUGCCCCCGCGCUCAAGGCUGCCGCUGCCUUCCCACGCCCGGCGCAGGUGCCACGGGCCCGGUUCUCACGGCCGGCUCUCACAACAACCCCCGCCGGGCGGGAAGACACGGGGCAGCGGGGGGGAGAACCUGGAGAAGCCAGGGGCGGGCCUGGGUCUCCGCGGUGCCCAAUGGCCGGCCGCGCCCGGCCAUAAAGGCGGCGGCCGCGGCUCCGCGCUCCCUGUGCCGGCCGGACCCCCGGAGCCGCCCCUCUCUGUCGCCGCCGCCGCCGCUAUGGGCUGGCCCCCGCCGCCGCUCCGCCUGCUCCUCGCCCUCCUCAGCAUCCUCCUGCCGCCGCUGUUGCCGCUGGCCGGGAGCGCCGCCGGCGUCGGGACCCGCCGCGCCCCGGCCGCUGGCCCCACGUGCGCUGCCUCACGCCAGGCCACCUGCGCCGCCGGCUGCAUCCCCGUUCCCUGGCUCUGCGAUGGCGAGCAGCAGUGUCCUGACGGGACGGACGAACAGUGCGAGGUUGCCUGUGGCGGGGACCCCCAUGUUUGGCAGUGUGACGAUGGCCGGUGUGUUUCUAGCAGCUGGCGUUGCGAUGGUGUUGCUGACUGCCUGGAUGGCUCUGAUGAGCAGGACUGUGUGUGCGGGACAAAGAAGGUGCAGUGUCCUGGCACCCACCACUGUAUCCCACACUGGGAGCUGUGCGAUCAGCACCAGGACUGUGAGGAUGGCUGGGAUGAGGAGGGGUGUCCCCAGCAGCCCUGCCUGCCUGGGCAGUGGCAGUGCAGGAACAGGGUGUGCAUCAUGGCUGAGUGGAAGUGCAAUGGGAUUGAUGACUGUGGCGAUUCCUCGGAUGAAGAUGUCUGCGCCACCUGUCCACCUGGCAUGGUGCGGUGUGAUGAGGGGAAGUGUAUCCUGGAGUCCCUGAUGUGCAAUGAAGAGGCUGACUGCCUGGAUGGCACUGAUGAGCCCAGCACGUGUGAUGUGGAUGAAUGCUCCCUGGAGUACAGCCCCUGCAGCCAGCUGUGCAGCAACACUCCAGGCACUUACAGCUGCGCCUGCCUCCGGGGCUAUACCCUGCAGCACGGCACUGCCUGUGAAGUGACAGACAAUGCAACACAGAUCCUGGUGGCCGUGGGGCAGGACCUGGCCCUUCUGGAUGUACGGACCCAAGCCUACAGGCCUCGGCUCUCCACUAAGACUGAACCCCGCGCCCUGGUGUAUGACCAGCUCCGAGAAACCUACUACUGGCUGACAGAGGAUGGCGAGCUCCGUGUUCACUCUCUGGGGAAAGGCACGCAGCCCCUUUAUGCAGAUGCCAGAGAGGUGAACAGCAUCUCCCUGGACUGGUUCACAGGGCAGCUAUACUGGGCCAGCAGCCAUCCUCCAGCUAUCUGUGCAGGGCUGGGCGAUGGCCGGGGUUAUGUGACAGUGCUGGGGAAAGACAUUGCACCAGAGCAGCUGACAGUGCAUCCGGCUGCAAGGUCACUGUACUGGGUCAACCGUGGGCAGCGAGGCCGGACAGUCAUUGCUGCGGCUGGCAUGGAUGGCUCAAACCGGCGGGAGCUCACAGUGGUGCCCAUGGAGGAGCCUGUGGGACUAAGCUUGGACCAUGUGGUUGGGAGACUGUACUGGAUCAGCGAGUACAAGGAGUCCAUUGAGACGCUACGGGUGGAUGGCAGUGGGCGCCACUCCUUUCAUGCUGUUCUGCGGAGCCACACGGAGCCUCUGGGCCUGGCUGUGUUUGAGAGCCGAUUCUUCUGGACCGAUGGCACAGAGCUGGUGUCAGCCACCUGGGCCUCUCCUCAGGAGCACGCAGUGUUGCUCCGCGCCCCUGUCUCAGCUUUCACUGUGGUGCACGCACUGCAGCAGCCUCCCCGGGACACUGCUGCAUGUGCUCCAGGCCUGUGCAGUCAUCUUUGCCUCCUGUCACCUGUGCACCCUCGGGGCUACAAGUGUGCCUGUCCAGAGGGCCUCUUCCUCUUGCCCUCGGGAAAGUGCACAGAGCUGUCCAUCAUGUAUGCAUCAGGAAAGGCCAUCUCCCUGGUGCAUGUGGGUCCUGGAGCACAGAGCAAAUGGGUACAGGAGUGGCAGGAGCCCUUCCACCUGCAAGAUGUGGACUGGCAGAGGUCAGUGCUCUAUGGAACAGAUGACCGUGGGACGCUGCUGAGUGUUGUGGGGCACCCUGGCAGGAGAGAGGCCAUUGCAACUGGGCGGCCAGUCUGCUCUGCCCGUGUGGACAUCCGCUCGGGGGACCUGUACUGGCUCGCAUGCAACCGGAGGGACAUCGGGGUGAUCCGGACAUCUGACAUGUUCCCGCGCAUCCUGCACCGUGCUCGCAGCAGUAUCCAGCACCUCUUCUUGGACUGGCAACGGGGUGCUCUGUACUGGCUAGCCCGUGGGCAGCCCCUGCAGCAGCUGAGCCUGGCUGGGGGUGCUCCGUGGGAUGCCUGGAACGAGACAUGGCCUGGAGACCUGCCUGCAGCCAUGGAUAGCAGAGCCUUCAGCGUGCUCUGGAGCUCCACCCUGGGCCUGCAGGUGCUGAGUCUGACCAAGCGGCAAGCAGUCACUCUGGCACCCAGCUGGCCCCACGGCCUUGUGGCAGCCUUUGAGCCAUACCUGGUGUCGGCAAAUGGGACGGCUCUGCUACUGUGGGACCGGAGGACACUGACCCUUGUGCUGUCCAUGCCGGCAGCAGGCGUGCAGGGUGUAGUGGCCUUCGUGGGCUCGGAGCUGCAGGCUGUGCCAUCAAGCAAGGGGUCUGCCCUGCCACUCCCUCCACCUGUGACAACCACUAUGAGGACAACCACAAGCACCACUGCUGCUCGUCCCACCACGUCCACCACAAGAUCUACACCAAGCAAGACCACCACUGUGCUCACCACUACUCCUGUGCCAACCAGCAAGGCCACCACCAGCAGCCAGUCCACACCAACCACCACCAGCCAGUCCACAUCAACAAAAACCACCCCUCUGCCAACCACUGCCACACCAACCAAGACCACCACCGUGCAGCCAACAACCACCAGCACCACCACCACCACUCAAGCUUUGCCAACUAAGGUCAUUGUCCUACGGCCAACUACUACCACCCAGCACCCAACCAGUCCUGCACGGGUAGUGCCACCUACCCCACCACUCCCAUCCAGCCCUGCUCACCCCCUGACCCCCGUACUUCAUCUGUCCUGUCCUCGCACACACGUGUCCUGCCGUGAUGGCACUGAGUGUGUGGCUCAGGAGUACCUGUGUGAUGGGGAGAAAGACUGCGCAGAUGGCUCUGAUGAGGAUGGGUGUGCCCAGCUCUGCAACACCCCAGGGGCCUUCCAUUGCGCGAGCGGAGCCAUGUGCGUCGGGGCGGGAGAGCGCUGCGAUGGGGUGCCCCAGUGCCCCGAUGCCUCGGAUGAGACAGGCUGCUGGACCCCCACGCAGGAGUGUGCCCUGCGCUGUGACGCUGCCACCCGUUGCAUCCCCCAGAGUUGGCUGUGUGAUGGCCAUGCUGACUGCCUGGACCACACUGACGAGCAGGGCUGUGUGCCGAAGGAGUGUGGCCCGUCUGAGUUCCCCUGCCAGAAUGGGCAGUGCGUGGCCCUGGCCCUGCACUGCGAUGGUGACCACGACUGCCAGGACCACUCAGACGAGGAGGGCUGUGCCGUGCCCCGGCCACUGCUCUGCCGUGCGGGUGAGGUAACGUGUUCCCACAGUGGGGAGUGUGUGCCGGAGGCCUGGCUCUGCGAUGGCACUGCUGACUGUGGGGAUGGCACAGACGAGCAGGACUGUCCUUGGGAGGAAGCGCUGUGUGGGGACCAGCAGUGGGGCUGCUCCCAUGGCCAUGAGUGCAUCCCUGAUGUCUGGCGCUGCGAUGGAGAGACUGACUGCACAGAUGGCAGCGAUGAAGCUGGCUGCCAGCCUGCUCCCUGCCAGAGUCAUGAGUAUCCCUGUGGGCUGGGGACCUGCCUGAAUGCAUCCUUGGUGUGUGAUGGCCGGCAGGACUGCGCGGAUGGCUCAGACGAGGGGGGGAACUGCUCUGUGCCCUGCAAACAGUCCUGCGCUCAUCUCUGCUACCCCUCGCCCCAGGGCCCUCGGUGCUGGUGUGGCCCAGGCUAUCGGCUUGCCGAGGAUAGUCUGUUCUGCAUGGACAUAGAUGAGUGCACGGAGUGGGGUGAGGGAGCCUGCAGCCAAACAUGCCUCAAUGCCCCAGGGUCCUACAGCUGUGGCUGUCUCCCUGGCUACCUGCUGGAGCCUGAUGGCCGUGUCUGCAAACUCACUGGACCAGAGCCCAUGUUGCUGGUGGCUGUGCAGUCAGAGGUGUUGUCCUAUGGCCUGCGGAGUGGGCAUAAGGAGGUGCUGCUGGCCACCGACAAGGAUCGCGUCAUCUUCUCACUCGACUAUGACUUGGUGGAGAGGAAAGUCUUCUGGAUGGACCUGGCCACAGAGAGCAUCCGCUGGCAGGACCUCAACUCGGGCAAGAAAGGCACACUGGUGAAAGGUGUGAGAUCAGACUGUAUAGCAGUGGACUGGCUUGGGAGGAACCUGUACUGGACAGAUGGUGCAGCAGGACAGGUGCUGGCCACUCGCUUGGGCGCUGCCUGGCAAGGGAUACCAGAGUACACUGUGGUGAUGGAUGGAGAUCUGGACCAGCCCCAUUCUCUGGUGCUCCAGCCUCUGGCAGGCCUGCUGUACUGGUCAGAGGUGGGGAGCCACCCACGGCUGAUGGAGUCCACGAUGGAUGGGAGUCGGCGGCACGUGCUGCUAGCCCAGGGGCUGGGCUGGCCCACAGCAUUAGCCCUCGACCUCCCCACCCAGAGGAUCUUCUGGCUGGAUGAGAAGCUGGGCAGUGUCAGUUCUGCACGUCUGGAUGGCACCAGUGUGAAGGUUUGUGGUGGGGCAUUGCUGACGGGGCCCUGA